UUACACACUCCUCUACAAAUACACGCACACACCACAACUUUCAACAAACUCCUACUUACAUAUACUCUGAAUCUAUCCAUCCAUCCAUAUAUUUGUGUUUGUGUGCUUUCAGUUGUGGUUCUGCGUGUUUUCCGGUAAUUUUGGGUGAGCGCCAUGGCGACUGGACAAAUAUUCUCGCGUACAACACAAUCAUUGUUCUAUAACUUCAAGCAAUUACCCAUUCAACGGAUGCUUGAUUUUGACUUCCUUUGCGGGAGGGAAACACCUUCAGUGGCUGGAAUUAUCAACCCUGGUGCCGAGGGAUUUCAGAAACUAUUUUUUGGCCAAGAGGAGAUUGCCAUACCAGUACAUUCAACCAUUGAAUCAGCUUGUGCUGCCCACCCUACUGCUGAUGUAUUCAUAAACUUUGCAUCAUACAGAAGUGCUGCUGCUUCAUCCAAGAUUGCUCUACAACAACCAACUAUUAGAGUUGUGGCGAUUAUAGCUGAGGGUGUUCCAGAAUCAGACACCAAGGAGUUAAUAUCCUAUGCAAGGUCAAACAACAAGGUUGUUAUUGGGCCAGCCACGGUUGGUGGGAUUCAAGCUGGAGCUUUCAAGAUUGGUGAUACUGCCGGAACAAUCGAUAAUAUUAUACAAAGCAAACUGUACAGGCCUGGAUCUGUUGGAUUUGUGUCAAAAUCUGGUGGCAUGUCAAAUGAAUUAUACAACACAAUUGCUCGUGUAACUGAUGGAAUCUAUGAAGGCAUUGCUAUCGGAGGUGAUGUUUUUCCUGGUUCUACUCUAUCGGAUCAUGUUUUGCGGUUCAACAACAUUCCACAGAUAAAAAUGAUUGUUGUGCUCGGGGAACUUGGUGGUCGAGAUGAAUAUUCCUUGGUUGAAGCACUAAAGUCAGGAAAAAUCAAUAAACCUGUAUGUGCUUGGGUCAGUGGAACUUGUGCACGCCUCUUUAAGUCUGAAGUUCAAUUUGGUCAUGCGGGCGCCAAAAGUGGUGGUGAAAUGGAGUCUGCACAAGCUAAAAAUCAAGCACUCAAAGAGGCCGGGGCUGUGGUCCCCACUUCAUAUGAAGCAUUUGAAACUUCGAUCAAGGAAACUUAUGAGAAAUUGGCCGAGGAGGGCAAGAUUACCCCUGUGAAGGAAAUUACUCCUCCACAAAUCCCUGAGGAUCUUAACUCGGCAAUCAAGAGUGGAAAAGUGCGAGCUCCUACUCAUAUUAUUUCAACCAUCUCUGAUGAUAGAGGUGAAGAGCCAUGCUAUGCGGGGGUGCCAAUGUCCACAAUUGUUGAGAAGGGAUUGGGUAUUGGUGACGUUAUUUCUCUUUUGUGGUUUAAACGCAGUCUUCCCCGCUACUGCACACAAUUUAUUGAGAUUUGUGUCAUGUUGUGUGCUGAUCACGGCCCAUGUGUCUCUGGUGCUCACAAUACAAUAGUCACUGCAAGAGCAGGAAAAGAUCUUGUAUCAAGUCUUGUAUCGGGUUUGCUAACAAUUGGUCCUCGUUUUGGUGGUGCUGUUGAUGAUGCUGCGCGAUACUUCAAGGAUGCUUAUGACAGGAAACUUUCACCAUAUGAGUUUGUUGAAAGCAUGAAAAAGAAGGGUAUUCGUGUGCCAGGAAUUGGACACAGGAUCAAGAGAGGUGAUAAUAGAGAUAAGAGAGUUGAGCUGCUACAAUUGUUUGCUCGCACACAUUUCCCUUCGACAAAAUACAUGGAAUAUGCAGUAGAAGUUGAGGCUUAUACUCUCUCAAAGGCAAACAACUUAGUGAUGAACGUCGAUGGAGCAAUUGGUACCCUGUUUCUGGAUCUUCUUGCGGGUAGUGGAAUGUUCACCAAGCAAGAAAUUGAUGAGAUUGUGGCAAUUGGGUAUCUCAAUGGGCUCUUUGUUUUGGCUCGUUCCAUUGGUCUUAUCGGGCAUACAUUUGACCAAAAGAGACUGAAGCAGCCGCUAUAUAGGCACCCAUGGGAAGAUGUUCUUUACACAAAAUGAUUAACCAUGUGAUCAUUUCAGUAGUACACAUGUCAUUCUUAAAAAGUUUUCCAAUCUAGAUUAUCUCAUUUGUGUAUGCGAUUUGUUGUAAUGACCGUUGGGCCAUUAGACUGGUCUUCUGUUUGUAUCUGUCAUUGUAAGUUUAUUACGGGAGAAAUUUCUCCAUUUCAUAUUUGUAACAAGAAUUUACAUAUCAAGUGUCAUGUCUGACUCUUUGAGAUUA